UGCUUGCCGUAGUUUCGUACCCGGGACGCGCACGCGCAGGCCGGAACCGAGCCUCUGAAAGUGAAGGCCUUGGGUCCGUAGGGGUCAGAGAAGGAACUUCCUGGUGCUUUGGUGUCGGGCGAGAAAGCUUCAACAUGUCUUCUAAUCUGUUGCCCAAACCACAAAUGAGAGAGCUCCUGGGAAGAAUUGUAAGAAGGAAUUUUCUGAUAGGAGUUACCUUAGUAACAGGAAGCUUUUUUUUCUUGGAGUAUUUUUUCAUUCAAGAAAGGCAAAACAAAUACAGAGAUUUCUAUAAAACAUUUGACUUCGCAAAAGACUUUGAGGACAAGAAAAAAGCAGGAGUGUUUCACAGUGUGAAGCCCUAAUGACAUCUAUUAAUCCUAAAGCUUCCUUUUGGAGGCAAAAUAAUUGAAUAUUGUGAUCAAAAACGAUCACCUUCAAUGUUGGCCCUGCUAUAUUGUGCUCAUUAAAUGAAAUCCUUAUCUCAGA